GUUUUAAGGGCUCAUAAGUAAUCAUGUCGCUAAGUAAUAUCAUAACUUUCUUAUGAUAGUCUGUCUGGUUUAAUACGACAGUGCAUCAGCCUGCUUGAAGUAUUAUGGUGUUAUUGUCCUAAGAGUGAGCUGAGAUGGCCACUGCACCGUACAACUAUUCCUACAUUUUCAAAUACAUCAUUAUCGGGGAUAUGGGGGUAGGAAAGUCAUGUUUGCUUCACCAGUUUACAGAGAAGAAAUUCAUGGCAGACUGCCCCCACACAAUUGGUGUGGAGUUUGGUACUAGAAUAAUUGAGGUGAGCGGCCAGAAGAUCAAGCUGCAGAUUUGGGACACAGCAGGCCAGGAGCGCUUCAGGGCUGUCACUCGAUCCUACUACCGUGGAGCCGCAGGGGCACUUAUGGUCUAUGACAUCACCAGGAGAAGUACAUACAACCACCUCAGUAGCUGGCUGACUGAUGCCAGAAACCUCACCAAUCCCAAUACUGUCAUCAUUCUCAUAGGGAACAAAGCUGACCUGGAGGCCCAGAGGGAUGUCACAUAUGAGGAGGCUAAGCAGUUUGCCGAAGAGAACGGUCUGUUAUUCCUGGAGGCCAGUGCAAAAACGGGUGAAAAUGUUGAAGAUGCUUUCCUGGAAGCGGCAAAGAAGAUCUACCAGAACAUCCAAGAUGGCAGCCUGGACCUGAAUGCCGCUGAGUCAGGGGUCCAGCACAAGCCCUCUGCCCCCCAGGGUGGGCGGCUAACAAGUGAACCACAGCCCCAGAGGGAAGGCUGUGGCUGCUAAUGACCAAGCAACUCCUUCACCCCCCUACUCUCUCUUUCUCUCUUACCAACCUUUUGCAUUCCUUUUACCACCUCCUAUCAGUUUCCCCACCCCUGCACAUUCGUACAUUGCCCACCCUCUACACCUACUGCACCAGGGGCUGCAUGAGAGUGGGGCUGUGGAAAGAAGGAAUUGGAGAUUCAUGCCAACCUGGGCUGGACUGUGUGGACUACAUUUAUUUUCUCCUCCUCUGCUCUCCCGGUCUGCCUCUCUACUAAUCUCAAUCCACCAAUACUUGUCUCUUCUCUCUCUUCCUCUUCUCUUCCGCCAUUCACUUGAGUGCAUCCGCCAUAGUGUCAUAGGCACCACCACUCAUAAGACAUUACAUGGGUUACUGACACUUUGAUGGUUGUGAUGUUCAUGGCAGGAGUGUCCUUUUUACUGUUUGGUUUUGUAGCUAUAUACUACACUGAGAUACUGCAUCAAGUUCCAUUCUCUACCAAUUAAUUCUGUAUGGAUUGGACUCCAAUCAUGACUCUACCCUAGCCCCUCUAUCCUCAAGUCAUCAGGUCUCUCCUGUAUAGUUUACAGAUCUAAUUGGUGAAUUUAUUCAGAUGUCUUCAAUAAUGCUUUACAUCCUUUUAGCUCUUCGUUCAAUGAAUUGAUGUGUAAUACAGCCACACUAUUCUUCACAAAUGAACGUGUUUUGAAGUUGUAUUUUUUUAUUUCAUUAGUCUCAACUGACUGCAGGUAUCCCCCGACUUUAUAAACAGCACAGUUGCAUAACGACUGAAACCAACAA